CAGUCAGUGCGGCCUUGCGGACUGAGAGUGCUGCCAACAAAGGCCGAGUCGAUGGGGUUACAAAAAGUUUGUUAAUUUUGGACAUCAAAAACCCUUUUGUUGUUGUAAUUUUAUUUUAAAAUAGGUUGUGAAUCUGUGAUUACGGUUAAGGAAAUGAGUGAAUGAUAUGAAUCGUGACGACUAGCAAAGGAGUCAGCUGGUCCAGUGCGAAUAGUGAAUAAGAAAUGGCGGCCUUGCCAGCAGGUGUUCAGUAUGGGUUAUCAUCGGAGCAAAGCAAAGAAAAUAAGGAACUAGUGUUUGUGAAACUAACGGAUUCAGCGCUAAAAGCUAUAGAAGACUUUCUUAGGAAUAAUAGGGAUAAAUUGGCCAAACCGAAGAUACAGUUCCUACCCGGAAAUGAAGGGAAAAUCUCCAUUCCGGCUGGUGGCAAUGGCUCAACGGGCGAGGCUACUUUCCACUUCAGCAUCAACAGUAAUGCUGAGAUGGAGGGUCCACAGGGUUCGUUCGAGUGCGUGCGCAGCGGCGGCGCGCGGCGCCUGGAGUCGUGCGGGCCGCUACCCCGGCGCAUGCGCGUGCAGGCCAACGACGACUCGUACGAGGCCACCAAGGACCGCAUGGCGAGGACCGUGGCCGCCGAGCAGAGCAAGUGCACUCGCGUGAUAAAGCCGAACCAGACGGACAUCGGCCGGCGCGUGAAGGUCGGCCGCCCCACUCAUCCCAUAUACUCGGCGCCGGCGGCCGCGCCGGACCGGCCGGACCACCGUCCCGACCACCGGCCCGAGCGGCCGGAGACCCGGCCGGAGCACAGGCCGGAACAUAGGCCGGAGCGGCCGGUGGUGGCGCCCCCCGCGCCGCGCCCCGCGCCCCCGCAGCCCGUGCAUCCGCCCGUGCAGACUCACCAGCCGCAGAAGCCGCCCUCCAAUCCGGACCUCACUAGGCGGUCCAUUAAAGAAAGACUUAUACAAUUAUUAGCAUUGAAACCGUUCAAGAAACCCGAGCUAUACGCUAGGCUGAAUAGUGAGGGUAUAAAAGAGAAAGAACGGGGAUUAGUUAACAAGAUAUUGCCUCAAAUAGGCUCGCUCAAGGACAACUGUUACCAUUUACGUAGGCACAUAUGGAACGAUGUUAAUGAAGACUGGCCUUUUUAUACCGAAGAGGAGAAACGCACGCUCAAGAGGCGGAAACCUCAAAAUCUAACGCCUCCGGCUAGCAGUGAUUCGGCAAAUUCGCUUUCGCCCCGCGCCUCGCCGUCGGCCACCAAGCGGGCGAAUGGACCCACUGUUGUCGGCGAAGAGCCCCCGGCGGCGAAGAAGCAGCGCAUCUCUCACUACCGGCGGCCGGACGCGCGCGCCGGCGGCUCCCCGUCGUCGGGCUACGCGACCGGCGGCUCGGGCGCCUCGUCCGGCGAGCGGCACGCGUCCGACAACGAGGACGAGCGGACCGCGGCCGAUCUGUACCGGCCACUGGCGAAAAGCUUCUCCAGUUUACCGGAAUCUGUGCCGCAAGAAAACCCAUUGGUUCUUAAUCUUAAUCCCAAAGAAGAAAGGGCCAAACCAUUAGCGAAAAAGGACAACGGCUACACCCUCAGUUUUAACACUAUAAAGGAUCUCUGCCCAAGUCCUGUGCCCAAGGCGAAUGGUUUUAGAAAUAGUCCCCCAGUAGAGCAAACUAGUAUCACAGAAAAAGACAUCACAAAUACGGAACCUUUAGAAAAUACAGAAUUAACGUCGGUACCUGACGAAAAUAUGACUGAUUUAGAAGAGCUUGCGAGACAAUACCCGCCAAUAACGUGCGCCUCAAUGCGUCGCGCCUACAAGAACGAGUUCGCGUCCCUAUAUACUGAAUACCGCGCCCUUUACGGCAAGGUGGCCCGAGUGGCCGAGCUGUUCACCCGCCUGGAGGAGAAGCUGAGGCGGGCUCAGCCGCACUCGCCUGACCACCAGAGCAUAGAGCAACGCAUAGUGGAGGAGUACCGUCGCGUGCGCGGCGACGCCACGUACCAGCAGCAGCGGCGGCGCGUCGAGUUCCUGCACCGCAAGCUCACGCACAUGAAGCAGGCCGUGCACCACUACGACCACACGCGUAACCUGAAGCCCGAGCGCGUGUCGAACGCGAGCACGACGCAGGCAUACUGACACGCGCCCCGCCGCCCGCCGCCCGCCCGCUGCCUCUAACCACCACCGCCGCAACCGGAGUACACCCCCCGACGCUCCCGGCAACCAAUCAGCAACGCCGCGCUGACUGUCUGCCAACCAAUUACCGGAUUUCCGAACUGAUAAGUGAAACCGCGUAACGCUUUACUACAGUGCCUCGUAAACGGUUAUUUUGUGUGUGUAUUUAUUACUACUGCAAAAGUUUAUUUAUUGAACGCAAACUUGAGGAUCCAUCUGUGUCGCCUGCCAGUUGGCAAUAGUAUAUAUUGGCACCGUUUUUUCGGAUGUAACGGAGACGUUUGUAAUAAUUGUUAUGGUUAAGGUGAUUCGCGUGUAACGAACAUGUUUAAUGAACAUAUAGAUUAGCGUCCAGAAAUAUUUUUAUUAUUGACGUAUGUUUUUUCGAGAUACAAAUGAUCUUCCAUUAGUUUUUAUUGUUCUGUGUCAUCUUAACCAUGAAUUUGUAAUAAUUGUGUAAGCAAAGAUUGGACUCUUUGCAUCUCUGAUUGGAACUCAUACUGAACUAACAUAGAACGGUGUAUACUGUUAACUCCACAUCGUAUUUUAUACUAUAUGUAACUCCAUACUUACUCUUCUGAUUUUAUACAUCUUAGAUCAUCUAUUUAUAAAUUGAAUAGCAUGUAUAUAUUUUAGCCAUAACACCAAAACUAUUUAUUUCAUGGACCAAUAUAUACCAAUAAGCAAUAGGAAAUUAUAGAUGCAGAAUGUAGUAGUUCAAUAGCCCCUAUUACCCUCGCAAUGUCGCAUAGGAACGAUGACUGCGAUAUGUCAUUGGUGUCAUUUGAUUACUGUAGUAUAGUGAUCAACGGAUUGCCGACACUAAUCGAUAAAUAUUUGCAGCCACAAAACAUAUUAUGUUGAACGAUGUAUUCUGAAGCAUCAAGGGCAAACCUACAUACGGCAGCUAGAGUAGAAUCAAAGUGGCCUAUAUUUUAACUGGUUGCAUGCCAUUUAAAAGUUUGAUGUUUGCAAUUUAAAUCAGUAUAACUAGUUAGUGCUGAUACAUAUUUAUGCAGCGGUUACGAAAAGAGCAAUAAAAUGUUUUUAAUUACAAAUAUUUAUCUUCAGUUCAAAUGACCUCAAUGUAUCUGGUUGAUUAUUACAUUGUAUAUAAAAUUGUGUAUAGUAAAAGUCGAAAUGUUAGUAAAUAAUAGUUCAAUAGUAGAUAUUGUUUCGUCCACGUUUAAUUCCAUUCGAAAGUAAUUUCCGUCUAACGUUCAUUGGUGUCCAGUUAAAGUUUGCUUAUACUCAAUUAUUUUAAAUAUUAUCCACAGUUUUUAAACUCUGAGGUGUAAACGGAAAAUAUACACCAAGGCCCGCGAUCUCGGACGAAAAUUAAUGAAACUUCAACAAUUCGAGAGUCAAUUUUAACAGAUUAAUGGCCUUUUAAUGUAAAUUAACCCCAUAUAUCUAUACAUUUUAACCCUUACGUCGUCCCUUUUAAAACUGCUUCUAAAAUCCAUCCAUAUAAUAUUGGAGAAGACCGAAAUUUGAUUUUAAUUCUUCUUGCCCUGCUGUAUAUAGUAAUUUAUGAAAAUAUAAUACAUUAUUGUUAUGUAAUGUGUAGUAAUACUAUAGUUCAGUCAGUAUAAAUUGUUACAUCAAACUACAGAGGUACGUACAAGCAGGCGUGUCUUGCAACUUUUACCGGCAAGUUUGUAAAUAUCGGGAUAGAGGCUCUAACUUUUCGUGUCACAAAUAUAAAACACUUUAUUACGGCAAUAUAAUCUGAAAAUUAGUUAAGGAAAAAGUGCCGACGCGAAAUUGCAAAACAUGCCUGCCUACCAAACGUAGGAAUUGCCAAUUGUUUAUUAUUAAAAAUAUGAUUUACUUGAAUUGCCAAAAAAAAAACUUUGCGUGUCCUAAAAAAUGCAACAACCGGCCAGUUUAAAACAUCCACUAGGAAUAAGAAAUUAUCUGGUCCUCUUCGGAAGAACCCUCCAUUACUACCAUUAAAUCGUAGUAAUUUUAAACUACAUCCGGACCAUGCGUCUGACGGAACUAUAACUAUGUCCAAAACAAUACUUGUGACCCACGAUAUGGUGCCUUACUACGUUGUAUUACGACUUAUUGCGCUUUGUGUUGUCUUCACAGAGCCAAAUUAGUAUCACAUGUUUACUAAACCUUCCAGUGUGUCACAUGAAAGAUAUUACACGAUUUUCCCGUCACAAAUUAUGCGUCUUACUAAAGAAAUCCGGAAUAUCGAAUGCAAAACAUGAUAGUCCGAAAGCGAUGAUUUUCUAUCAAACAUUCAGCUUCACUUUAGUGCCGUCAUGAACUGGUCAGAUGUAAAAAGCCGUCUUGCAUAUAUUUGUCCUGAUUGUAACGUCCAUAUUUGAAAAUGAUUUAGCGUUAAGUAAUUCUGAUUUUAAUCGCAGUAAUUGAAACAAUCUCUUGCAUGUCCAAGUAUCCAAAUGAAACUUACCAUUUUCUUAUUAGUGGCAAGCAAACGUGAAUAGGAUUAUUCAAAUAAAUUAAACUUAUUUCCGCUAAUAUAUAAAUGUACAUACCUCUUUGUUAUUAAAUGCAUAUGUAUAGUAGAAGACAUUUGACAGGUUAACGUCAAGUUGUUGAAGAUUGCGUUUUAUUUAGUUCGUUUUCUGUCAAUUAUUAUGUCAAAAUGGCAUUUUUUAUUUCAUUAAAAUCGUCAAUUGUUUUUUUGUAUAUAAAGAAAGUUUUCAUCAAGUCAAGUUAGGCAGUCAAUUUAUAUUUGGAAGUGCUGAAGUGCCCUUUUGUUGCUCAUAAAAAUAAUAAAUAAUAUGUAUAAUAAAGUAAUUAUGUUAUGGUUAAAUUGCUUAUUUACUCAUUAGAAUGCUCAAGAACGGUCAUGAUAUUAUAUCAUUUGAAAUUAGCCUCAAGCAUUAAUUUCACUUCUAUCACUAUUAUUUUUAAUCUAUUACUAACUUUUAUUAUUUUUUCAAAGAAUUGAAGUACCUAUUCAUAUUAUCAUCAUUAUGCCACAAUUACUUCUUUUAAGCUUCAUAGUUAACAAAGUGCCGUAAGCAGAGACAAUAAUACUGUGAGAGAUCUUUGUUAUAUAAAAAUACUUAUGUUUUACUUGCGACCUUAUCUUUGUUAAAUUCGAAGCGAAAAGAAAUACAUAUUUCUUGCCUUACAUACAUCAUGAAUGAACUAUAUUGAGUAUACAUAAUAUAAACAUUUACAGAGCUCGAUACACCUAUUAACUCGAUAAUUUGAACAAACCGUUGAAAAUGUUAUAUUGUUACCACUAGUCUAAGCUCUAUCAAUUGUUUUUGUGAAGUAAUAAUUGAUUAUUGUAAAUUUAUUUGUUUUUUUCGAAAGGAGAUUGUAAUUUCUUACGUUAUAUAUUAUAUUUUGGUGGAUGUUAUCUGAUGACUGUUGCGUUCGUUUUGUGAAUAAUGCAUUCCAUUCAAAGAUCCGUUGACUUCGCACUGUUCAUGAUGCACUCACUAAUUGAAUAGUGUAAUAAUAGAUACAUAUUAUAUAUUUUUACAGGCCUUAAUAUCCAGUACAGGUCGAUCCAAUGUGCUUCCUGUUGUCGAUAAGGUUACUUGAUAACCUCGACGAGGCUAACAUUGGAUCCACUUGCACAUACCAGACCACGGUUAGAGCACUAAUUUUGUAAUAAAUUGCAGUAUCCCUUGAUAGCGUAAUAAAUGUAUUGUCACAAAGGGAGUGAAUCGUCAAAUAUUGCUCGAUUGUUACCGGAUAAGUAAUUAGGACGGCAAGGUUGUUGUCUGUAUUUUGUCAUGUUUAUACAAAGGAAAAAAUAUCUCAAUAAAUAUAUCAUAGUCCAUUAUAAUGAGUAGGCGAUAUUUAGUCUGUAUAAUAGUGACAUCAUUUUUCUUAAAUCAACUUUAGUAAUAAACUAGGAGUACUAAUUUCUGAACUUGGACCGAGACACGACGGUGGCGCCCCCAAUUUUGUGGUUACCACAGAAUUUUAAUUAUUAUUAGUCAAAUUAUAUCAACCCCAUAUGUUUAACGUAACAAUGAAUUAGGCCUAUUUUGUUUGAAUGUGCCCACGUUAUUGUUUGAUCGUUACACCGGGCGGUGCGUCGUGUCUCGUCCAAUCACGCUAUUAUACUUAACGUAGCUGAUAUUAGCGUCUAAGGCGGGCGUUACGUAUACAAGAUCCUUACUUUACAAUUACUUUAGAUCAUAGAACCUUUGAGUUUGUGUAUUCUGAUCAAAUGUUAUAAUGUAAAUGUGGUGUACAGUAAUAUGCGGGCGGGCGGGCGCGGCCGGGGGCUGACAUCGAUCAAAGACUGUCGCGGCGCCGAACAAUUUUGAAUACAAUGUAAAUAGAGUACGAAUUAGGAAUUAGACACGUUAAGGGAUGUAAUCGUAGUGUUGUAUUUUUAUUACUAUAUUACAAAAUAUAUAUAUUAUGGGGAAUUAUGAAGUUUAAAAUAGUUGCGGUGCCCCCCGGCGCGCCUUGCCGCCCGCCUACCUGAGUCAAGUGUAGGACGAUGCGGCAGUGUUAUGUGUGUACAGAGUUAUACCAGCUCGAGUCGGGCACGCGGGCCCUUGCCAGCCGGUUCGAGCGAACGACGACAAGCUAUGAAUACUGACAUCGGCUCACGUUAAUUAGCUUUUAAAUAAUUUCAUCAAAAUAUAAAAUACACAAAAAAAAUGGAUAUAAAUUUCUCGACCAAGUACUGGUUGUUUUUAAAUUAUUAAAAUGUAAAAAAAAAUAUAGUAUAUAAACAAAGUAUAGGUACAAUUUAUGAAUUAUACUUUUCGGCAUUUCGCUGAGUGUGUGUGGGAGCGCUUCAUGCACUGAUAUCACGAGCACUCGCGUCAGCAACCUACACAGUGUCGAAUGUUUCUAUUUAUUUUCUCAUUUCUUUUGCUCAUGUCCUCUUCCAUCGCUUAAUUUUUAUUUUUCAUCUGUCUAUGUGUAUUAUGGUUUUUGUUAAGGCAGGGUAAUGCAGAAAUGUGAAGAGGUACUUUUUUAAUUUGAAAACGAUAAUUUGUUUGAAUGUUAAAAUUGAGUUGAUUUUAUCCAUUCAAUGGACUUUGUGUUGUUAAGAGAAGUGAUCGAGUUUGUUAUUUUUAAUUAAGUCAAUUUGAGGUUCGAUGAACACUUUUGUGGCAGCAUAAUUAGUAUAUUUUAACUAUCAAGUUACCACAGAAUCAAUAGUCAAAGUAGCUCUCUUUGGCGUUGCCUCUUAGUGAUUCGAGAGAGGUGGGAGCGCGCUAGCCCCCGCCACGCAUCCGAGACACAUGAGCUAAAGAGACGAUGAGUAUCAUUAUAAAAGGUACCUAUUCAAAGUCCGGGAACAGACUAACUUGAUUGUAUACAACAUAAGUAUAGUGUUGCUGCAAUAUGCAUUUAUGCCAUCUUCAUUUUAAUUUGAAUUGUGGGAUCAGUGCCAAACUUUCUUCUUCUUGUUUAGCUCAAAACGAUGCAAUUGUUAGCAUGCUUGGUGAAACAGCUAUGUAAUUGUUUAGUUAGUCUGCCAUUUUGUGAAUAUUUUGUUUUGAUAGUAAUAUGUAAAUCUUUUAUAAUAUAUUUGUUUACAAUAAAUAAAUGACAACAUUAUAAAUAAA